AUGGCUGCCGACGAGGAGCCAAAGGUAGACCGGCCUGCUGGGCAGACAGCUCAGGAGUCGGGCGAAAGCACAACCACGAUCGAUGCCGAACCGACGAUUCAUACGGAAGCUGGAGAGAAUGCGUUCAAGGGGAAGCAUGGCCUUCGAAAGCACUUGGUUGCGCUGAGCAUCGUGCUGUGUCAACUGGUUGUGGCUCUUCCUUUUGGUUCUGGCCUUUUGGCUGCGUAUACGAUUCCUCCCGAACUGGGAUCUGAUCCUAGCUUGGGUAUCUGGAUCGCCGCUGCGUAUCCGCUAACGGAAGCAACUUUUGUCCUCAUGGGGGGCCGCAUCGGCGCCGUCCACGGCCACAAAAAGAUGCUCGUCAUCGGCGGCAUCAUCUACGUGUUGUUCAACCUCAUAUGCGGCUUCAUGCGGACCAUCCAGAGCAUCAUCGUCAUGCGGGCCCUCAGCGGCGUGGGAGCCGGCAUCAUCGUACCAAACGCCAUUGCUCUGCUCACGACGACGUAUCCUCCCGGCCUGGGCCGCUUGAUCUGGGUUGGGCUGUUUGGGGCCAUGGCUCCUGUUGGGGCUGGUGGAGGGUCUGUGUUUCCGGGCUUCUUCGGUCAGUUGCUGCCUUGGUGGUGGCUGUUCUUCUUCUUUGCCAUCGCUGGAACUGUCGUCUUCGGAGCUGCGGCGAUUCUUGUGCCGUCUGAAGAGGUUACCAUGGAUCCGAACGGCAGAGUCGAUUAUAUCGGCUCUUACUUGGGCGUUGGUGGCCUCAUCUUGUUCAACUAUUCCUGGACUGAAGCAGCCGUCAAAGGCUGGGACGUCAGCUAUGUGUACAUCAUCCUCAUCCUCUCCGUGCUACACAUGGCCCUCUUCCUGCUAUGGGAAGCCAGAUUCGCCAAAGAACCGAUCCUGCCGCUGUCCGUCUGGUCCGCGCCGUCCUUCAAGCCCAUGCUCCUCUCGGCCUUCUUCACCUUUAUGAGCACGGGCAUCCUCUUCUACUACGUAACCCGGUGGCACGUCGACGUCCGCCACUAUUCCAACUUUCUGAACGCUGCUGCGUUUGCGACGUUUACCGUCAUGGCGACGAUCGCCUGCGGUGCCAGCGCCCUCUGCGUGCGGCAUAUGCCCGCGCAGGCCGUCAUGGCGAUUGGAACCGUGUCGGCGCUCGUGGCGGGGAUACUGCUCGCGACGAUGCCGGUGCGCCAGACGUACUGGCCGCAGGAGUUUCCGGCGCUGCUCAUCUUGGGGUUCAGUCCCGACUUUAUCUUCACGGCUGCCCAGAUCAUCACGAGCAACAGCGUGAAGAGGAAUCUCCAGGGCGUGGCUGGGUCCCUGGUGGGAACGAUUCAGCUGUAUGGGCUGGGCACGGGGCUGGGCUUCGCCGGGACUGUUGAGAUGUACACGAACAGGCACGGGGCUGAUCCUAUUGGGGGCGUGAGGCAUGCGUUGUGGUUUUCUGUGGCGCUGGCGGGAGCGGCGACGGUGAUGUGUGCUUUUGUUCGGAUUCCCAUGGAUGAGCGUGAGGGUUGGGAUGAGGAGGAGUUGGUGCAUAGGUGA